AUGGCGAAGGCUAGUGGUGGAGCUUUGGCUGCCCAAAUUACUCUAGGUGGUGGUUUCGGUUUCAUCUCCACUGGCUAUCAAAAUGUCGAGUUUGCCGAAAAAGAAAUCGAAAUUGCUCGGUCACUUUUAUCUUCCAGUCAGUUCAACAACUCGAUUUCAACUCGUCUCCCGAUCGGCGUAGGGUUUUUCGGAUGGGAGCUUGAACAACGCCCAGAGGCUGUCCAGGUCUUGGAAUACGUACUUCGGCGACGAGAUAUUCGAGCUUUGUGGUUAUCCUGCGGCAGAGACCUCCCUCGCUGGAUCAAAACGAUUCGAGAGGCAGACAGUAAUGAAAGAACCCUUAUAUUCGUUCAAGUCAACACAACCCCCGAGGCUAUUGAAUCGUAUACGUGCUGGGACAUUGACGUGCUGGUUGUACAAGGGAAUGAAGCCGGAGGUCAUGGUCUCGGCAUUGCGCCUCCACUGGUGACACUACUACCUUCAAUUCUAGCCGCAGUAGAACCUCUUCGCCCUCUAGUACAUGGGCCGCUACCAAUUCUCGGUGCAGGCGGGAUCGCAACGGGCUCUCAGGUUGCUGCCAUUCUCACCCUCGGGGCGUCAGGAGCAGUCAUCGGUACCAGCCUGACCGUUUCCCCAGAAUCUUUGAUCCCAGAGAGUAAGAAGGAAACACUUCUCAAUGUUGCUCGUAACUUCAGGAUUGACGACAAUCCUACAAUCCGAUCCCCAAUCUUCGAUGACCUAAUGGGAGUCGCGGACAAGUGGCCAGAUGGUAUUACGGGGCGCGGCCUACGAAUGAAAGCCAUGUUAGAUGACGAGGUAUCUGGAAUAUCAAUGGGGGCGAGAAGGGAGAGAUAUGAGGCCGGGAAGGGGAGCGGAGGAACCCAUGAGAUCAUAUGGUCUGGCACGAGCAUCGGACUGCGCACAGAACCCUCAUUCGCUGCUGAUCUGAUCCGCGAGCUCCAUGAAGAGGCCAUCAGAUCCAUAAAAGAAGCCAGUGGGCUUCUUGCAGACUAG